AUGGUUACGGUGAUCGUCGCCAGGUCAUCCGUGUUCCGCCUCGUUCCGCCUCUCUUCUUGAUUCCUCCCAUGACGUGGCCGCGACGUGCCCUUCUUCUGCUCGGUCUUGCCCUCCUCCUGGUGGAUGCGGAACUGUUAUGCGAGAGGCUACAGAGAACAACUCCACCCCAACUCCACCUCGCUGCGCCGUCGCAAGCCGCGCCCGAUGACGUGUACCUCGCUGCUGGUCUUCCCGCGCUUCGCUGUCUUGCUGCGCAUCUGGCAGCCAAUCCGAACGCCCCGGUCCGCCAUCUGCUGCUUUCCGACGCCUCGCAAGACGACCUUGACCGUGACUUCGGCUACAUCUGGUACCGCGGGCCGUGGGUCGACCUCACUGACGCCGACCGCACGCGCCAAGCAGAGGUCCGGGCGAACCACAUACUGAUGGACGACGUGACGAGGCGGACUAUCCGCGAGAUGGGCACGCUUAUGGGGCAUAUACUCCAGAGCGCGGUCACAACACUCCGGACGCUGGCCUUUGUGACAUACAGCCGCAAUCCAGAAAACCAGGAGAUUGUGGAGGAGGAGGAGGAGGGCUACAUUGACCCGCGUGUCGCCGCGAUGGUCGACGCUGGGGCAUAUCCCGUGUUGACACAUCUUACUCUGCGCGAUCAUGGGCUGGGACGGGCGUCUGACCUCUUCAACACAUCGAGCCCAGCCCUGACCGCGCGGUUUCCCGAGUUGACCCACCUCCACACCAUCACUACCGAUCCCAAUAUCCGCACACUCCCCGUCAUCCCCCAGGAAACGACGCCUAGACUGGAUAACCUGCGGCUUUCUGGCGCGUAUGCGCGCCGGUGUCUCCCGCGGGAGCUGUUGGGACCACGUUACUAUACACCCUCGCGGAAGGUGCCGACACCGAGCCCGCGUAUCCCGGCAAGAAUCGACAUCGAGCCCGAUUUCAGUCCGCUGCUCUGGGAGUCAUCGGACGACUUAGGCUGUGGGACACCACAUGUGGAAUACAUGGAGCUCUACAGCGCGGACUUCGCGGCUGAGCUGGCGGCGGCCUUCCCUGGUGCGGCCAGCGCGGUCCGUGUUGUACCGCCCCGCGAGGUGGAGUAUGCUGCUGGACGGCAAUACGACCUCGCUCGGGCUGUCGCCGAGUUCCUGGCAUAUGUCGAUGGCGAGCAAGCGACGGAACCUGAUCGAGAUGCGAAAAGAGAUUUCUGGUGGGAAAGGCAUGUGAAGCCUCAGAGCUGGCGUGAUGUAGGAGAGCUCUGA